GUUAAUCUCCUCCUCCUCCUCCUCCUUGCUUCCUCUCUCCCCCUCCCCCUCCCCCUCCCCCCGCUUCCGCAUGCCCAUGCCGCGUGGCUGGAUCCCCCCGUCAAUCCCGACCGCCCGCGUACCCUCGCUAUUUCCUCCUCCGCCGACUCGCAGAGCGAGAUGUUCUACGAUUGGGUAGGGAGGGUGGGGAACAAGCAGCUGCGUCAACACGGACCGGCGGUCCCGAUCGCGACGUCGCCUCUGGAUGCCGAUAGCGCGGACGAGUCGGUCGGGGUCCAGACCGUCUCGCCGGGCGUCCGAAUGAGAGCCAGGGAGUGGACCGGCUACCGCGCCGACGUGGUCGUCGCGCAAGACGGCACGGGAUCCGCAAGAUCCAUUCAGGAAGCCGUUAAUCGCGCGCCGAUUGAUGGGAUCAACCGUUUUGUCGUAUUCAUAAAGGCGGGAGUGUACGAGGAGAAGGUCCACGUGGACGCGCCACGUGUCACGUUGAUCGGCGAGGAUCCGUCGACGACCGUCAUCCAGUGGGGCGACACGGCGGCCAUGACCGACCCCCUCACUCAGACCCGUAUGGGCACUAAUCGGACGGCGACCGUGGGGAUCGACGGCGACCGGUUCUCCGCCCAAGACAUCACGUUCAAGAACACGGCCCCGCGGCCCAUGGUCACGGACGGCGGCCAAGCGGUCGCCUUGCGCUGCGGCGGCGACAUGAGUGCUUUCUAUAAUUGUCGUUUUCUGGGCUACCAAGAUACGCUCUACGUUGUGACUGGGCGGCAAUAUUUCAAAAGCUGCUAUAUUCAAGGCUCGGUGGAUUUCAUUUUCGGCAAUGCAACGGUCAUGUUCGUCGACUGCGACUUGUAUGCUGACGUGGACGUCAACGGGGGGUAUCUGACAGCGCAGAAAAGGGGGGUGCCACUGGAGCACACAGGAUUUGUGUUCAUCAGGAACAGAGUGAGCGGCAACGGGCAAGUGUACCUAGGGAGGGCAUGGGGGAACGCAUCGAGGGUAGUAUUCGCGUAUACAUUAAUGGAUGACGUCAUCGUUCCGUUAGGUUGGGACAGUUGGGACAAGGCGAUCGGGAUGAUCUUUUAUGGGGAGUACAGGUGCACGGGACCGGGGUCCGCUAGGAUCAUCGCAUUCAAGGAGUUGAUCGGACAUGCCGCGUGUGAAUCGAUCGCGAAUGGGAUCCCGGCGCACACGGCGGCGAGACUUCAGCACGAGGACAAUGGGACCCCGGCAGACGGCCGCGGGACUUCAGCUUCUCAUUUUGCGCAUUUGGUUUACGGUGCAUCUUUCCAUGUUCUAGCGGAAGAUUCAUUCUCAGUUUGCGCAUUUGUUGUUGGCUUUUCUGCUGUUCGAGCUAGGGAAAGGUUUGAUGCGCCGGAAAUUGUGAGCUUGCCACCAUCCGCCAAGACAGCUGAAAAGCGAUUGCUCGUCUCUGUGGACUCUGUCUGAUCAAGCAAAAGGAAGCUGCCACGUCCUCUCUGCCGAGAGAUGACUCGCCUCCAUCAACUUAACUAACUAUGUAUGUCAUUGAGAGC